AUGUUAGACAGUAGUCGGGGAGCAGAGUGCGUGGAUCGCACAAAAAAGUUUAAAUUUUCUUCAUCAUCUUUAUUUUACGUGCCGCGCAGUAGCUAUCAAAGCAUUGGACCGGGUUCGAAUCCGGCGUACACCAAUGAAUAUUUUCAAUAUUUAAGUGUAUUAUUCUGCUCAGCCCAAGAAAUACAAACGAGUUCCAAUCUCAAAAGUUUACCCCCUACCGUAGUCGCCCAUGACCUUAAUAAUGAUAAUGAUGAUAAUGAUAAUGAUAAUGAUGAUGAAGAUGAAGAUGAUGGUGGCUGCGGUUGUACGCAAUUUACUAGC